UAUUAUUCGCCACAACCACAUAACCUACAAGACACGCUGUCCGCAUGCACGUCUCGCUCCAGCUUCUGAGAGAUAUCUUCUGUUUACUUUUCGCAUAAAGACAUGAAAAUGAAGAAAAAUGCUCCUAAAGUAGUAGCCAACGGAGCAAAGAAACCAACAAAGCUCAAAGAUAUGUCCGUCGACGACUUUAUGAAUAGUUUCGGUGACAGUGGAAGUGAUAGCGGUUCAGGCGACGAGCAGGAUUCUGUGAAUGAUGCAAAAGUAGCAAAAGCCAAGAACGGCGUCUUGAACGGUAACGGGCACCUUGGAUCUGAAAGUGAGGAGGAUGAGGAGUCUGGAGAGUCAGGUGAAGAGGAAGAAUCAGGUGAUGAUGAAGAGUCUGGAGAAGAGGAGGAGUCAGGUGAAGAGGAGGAGGUUGAUGAUGAAAAUGGUGAAGAGGAGGAGGAUGUUGAGUCUGGUGAAGAAGAGGAAGAUGAUGAGUCUGGUGAGGAAGAGGAGGCGGAUGAUGAGUCUGGUGAAGAGAACUUUGAGUCUGGAGAUGAUGAUGAUGGCCUGGACGAUGCUAGCAGUGACGAAGAAGUAAAAGGAGAUAUAGCUGUCAAGCACAAGAAAUCGCUUCACAAGCUGAAAGACAUUGACCCAGAAUUCUACAAAUAUUUAGAGGAAAAUGACAAAAAGUUACUACAGUUUAAUGCUUCGGACAGUGAAGACUCUGAGGCCGAGAAAGGUGAAGGUGACGAUGAUGACGACGCCAAUGAUGAUGAAGAAGGCUUGGUCCACAAGCCUCCUUCUAAACUUGAAGUUAACAGUGACGAGAGCGACUUUGAAGGAGAGGAUGGGAUGCCUUCUCAGAGGAAGAGUGGUGUGGUGACACUGAAAAUGAUUGAGAAAUGGCGUCAAAGUUUGCAGAAUGAAAAAUGUGUGCAAACUAUUAGUGAUGUUGUUCAGGCGUUUCAUGCUGCUCUUCAGAGAGUUGCUCCUGAGGCAGAGCGCUCAGCAUGUGUGUUCAAAGUGGAAGGUGGUGCUGUUUUCAAUGCAGUAGUUCAGAUGUGUGUACUGGACUUAUUGCCUGCACUUCGUAAAUAUCUCAAUCUUACUUCUGCUUCCCUAUCUUACACCAACCCAGUCAAAUGUAAGCGCUGGAUUAAAGUAAAAACUCUCAUCAGAUCCUACUCAGCUGACCUCCUUCAACUUUUGGGUGGUAUUGCGUCUGUAAACAUUACAACUAUUGUCUUGAAACAUGUGCAUCAAAUGACUCCCUUCAUCAUCUGUUUUCCCAAUGUCACCAAACAUUUCUUGAAAAGAAUGAUAUCUCUUUGGUCUACUGGUGAUGAAACUGUGCGAGUAGUAGCUUUUAUGUGUAUUUUGAGAGCCACAACCAUCCAACAGAAGACGCUACUUGAUCAAGUUUUGCGUCAUAUGUAUAUGGCAUAUGUUCAAAACACCAAAUUUGUGUCACCAAAUACUCUUCCUGGUAUAAAUUUCAUGAGAAGAUCCCUGACAGAAAUUUUUCUUUUAGAUGAAAAUGUUUCUUACCACCAUGCUUUUUUGUACAUUCGUCAAUUGGCUAUUCAUUUGCGGAAUGCAAUCACCUUGCAGAAGAAAGAAUCAACUCAAGCUGUAUAUAACUGGCAGUUUAUUUCAUCUUUAGCAUUAUGGGGAGAGUUACUUGGAGCUUCAAGUAAACAAGCUUUGCAACCUCUUCUCUACCCAGUGGUACAAGUAACAGUGGGGGCAAUCAAACUUGUACCAACGGCUCAGUAUUACCCACUGAGAUUCCACUGUGCUCAAAUCCUUAUCAACCUCUCAAGAAGCUCUGGAACAUUUAUACCAGUUCUGCCAUUCCUUCUAGAAAUUCUCAACUCCUAUAACAUCAACAAAAAACAUAGCAAGGUAUCAAUGAAACCUAUGGACUUCAGUUGUAUCUUACGUCUCAGUAAAGCCCAGCAACAAGAAAAUGGCUUCAAAGAUGCUGUGAUUGAAAAUAUUUACAGCUUGAUGCUUGAGUCUUUGACUAAUGAAGCACAUUCAAUUGCCUUCCCUGACUUAGCACUACCAGUUGUUGUUGGAGUGAGACAUUUUCUUAAAAACUGUAAAGUAGCCAAUUAUGCCAGAAAGUUAAAACAAAUUUUAGAGAAAGUAGAAGAAAAUAUCAAGUUUAUUGAAAACGAAAGAAAAAAUGUAGCAAUUAACUUAUCAGAUUUGAAGGCUGUACAAGAUUGGGAAACCGCUGUCAAAGUUAAAGGAACCCCUCUUGGAGUAUUCUUUACAUCUUGGAAAAAAAUGAACAGUGCCAAGCAAACAAAGCUUAAAAAAGAUUCAAUAGAUAUCAGUGAGAAUCUACCCAAAAUAGUUAGACCUAAAAAGAAAAAGACAGCAGAGGGACCGGUUGAACUUCUGCCCUCAGAUGAUUCAGAUUCUGAUAUUGGCUUUGGUAAUGAUGAUUCACCUAAGAAAGCUCGUGGCAAGCGUGGUAAGAAGUCUAAGGGACAGCCUAGUCAGAAAAGACCCAAGUUAUCUGAAGACGUUAGUGAUGAUGGGGCGGAUGAUGUUGUAGAAGAUGUGGAUUUAUCAGAAUGGUAAAUUUUUAAUUUUCAUAACAAGUUUCAUGACCAAGUUCUUUGAAAAUUCUGGAGAACUGCUGUAAUACCUGCAGUCUGAGCAGUGUGCUGUAUGUUGUACAUAAUUAAUGUUACAAAUAAAUUUUUUAAAGUUA